AUGGCUACGGUCGCUUUUACAACCUUGGAUUUGUUGAAACUGAUUCUAUCUGCCCUUUCGUAUGAUGAAUUAAGUAUAAGACCCAGCUCCCUUAGUUUUGUGGCAACUCGAGUAAACGGAUCUCUGCGACACAAGUUCUUGAUGUGUCGUAGAUUGCCAAGUCAUCUCGCUAAAUUCUGCAACGUAACGAUACAUGUAUUAACCAGUAGUUGUUGA